CUCAUCCAUUAUUUUUCUAACCUUCCUCCCUUUAUUGCCGCUCUCCUCUCCCUCUCAAACAUCAUAACCCCAUAAUCACUCUUUUCCUUGUUUCUCCCUUCUCUAUUUCACACCUUCAGACACAGCAAGAUCAGUCGGUUGAAGAAAACCAAAGCAAGAGGAAAUAUGUGCACUCCCAUUUCUUUGUCUGACCAAGAACAACUUGUUGAGAAAUUGGAGAUUUUCAAAUUUCAAGGCAGGGAUAAAAAUGGCCACAAAGUCCUUCGAAUUAUCGGCAAAUUCUUAUCUGCUCGGUUUUUGAGCGUGGAUGCACUCAAGAAUUAUUUGGAGGAGAACAUCUUCCCUAGGCUAAAGAAGAAGCCAUUUUCGGUCUUGUACCUUCACACACAAGUACAAAAGAGUGAGGAUUUUCCAGGAAUCUCAGCCCUCCGAUCAAUCUAUGAUGUUAUACCAAUCAACGCUAGGGAUAAUCUCCAGGCAAUUUACUUUGUCCACCCCAGCCUACAAGCCAAACUUUUCCUUGCCACGUUUGGCCGUCUUCACUUCGGCAGCAGGUUGUAUGGGAAGCUAAGGUAUAUCAACAGGAUUGAUUAUUUAUGGGACCAUAUAAGGAGAAAUGAAGUAAAAAUCCCCGAGUUCGUUUGUGAUCAUGAUGAAGAUUUGGAGGGCCAUCAGAUGCUGGACUAUGGGGUGGAGAGUGAUCAUCCUAGAGUUUGUGGUGCUCCCUUCAUGGAUUCUCCUGUGACCAUGUACUCAACGAGGUGUAUUUAGUAAAUGGAGAAAAAAUAACGAGUGAGAGAAUCUUUUUACUGUGAAGAAAUUUGUGCUCUGAAGCUAGAAAGAAAAAAAAGGUCAAGUUUAUGCAGUAGUUCUUAGCUGUUCUUGAUUCCCGAUGUGUCUCGUCUAGCUACGCACCAUUUGUUGUCGGGUGAGCUUGUUGGUCUGUCUCCUAUCAGAUUUGGUAUUAUUGACCAUAGUUUCAUUUAUUUUAUUUAUUUUUCCAGUCAA